AUGUCGAACCGAACCACCAUGACUGAGUUCCUUCUCCUGGGAUUCUCUGAAGUUCGGGAGCUGCAGAUUUUGCACUUUGUGGUGUUUCUAGUGAUUUAUCUGGCAUCCCUGGUGGGGAAUCUUCUUGUCAUCAUAGUUGUAGCCCUCGACAAUCACCUUCACACCCCCAUGUACUUCUUCCUGAUGAAUCUGUCGAUUGUAGACCUUGGCUCCAUCUCUGUCACCGUCCCCAAAUCCAUGGCCAACUCCCUCAUGAACACCAAGUCCAUUUCCUAUGCUGGAUGUGUUGCCCAAGUCUUUUUCCUCCUCUUCUUGCUGGGAGAGGAUUUUGCCGUUCUUACCGUCAUGGCAUAUGACCGAUAUGUCGCCAUCUGCCAACCACUGCACUAUGAGACAAUGAUGAACAGCAGAGCUUGUGUUCAAAUGGCAGCUGGUGCCUGGAUCAGUGGGAUUCUCUACUCUGUGCUACACACCGGGAACACAUUUGCAUUGACCUUCUGUGGAGGCAACAUGGUGGAUCAGUUCUUCUGUGAGAUCCCCCAGCUACUCAAGCUCUCCUGCUCCGACUCAUAUCUUAGUGAAGUUGGGGUUCUUGUCUUUAGUGUGUGUUUAGUCUUAGGCUGCUUUAUUUUUAUCACUGUGUCGUAUGUUCAGAUCUUCAAAUCAGUGUUGAGAAUCCCCUCUGAACAGGGCCGACAUAAAGCCCUAUCCACCUGCCUUCCUCACCUAACUGUGGUCUCCUUGUUUGUUUGCACUGCCAUCUUUGCCUACCUGAAACCCAGCUCCAACUCCCCAUCUGCUCUAGAUCUUGUGAUGGCUGUUCUUUAUUCUGUAUUGCCACCAGUCAUGAAUCCACUUAUCUACACCAUGAGGAACAAGGAGAUCAAAGCUGCCCUGAGGAGACUGACUGGGUGUAGGUAA